UUUCCGUCUGUACACACUGACUCGCCGCUUUAUUUCAAAUGAAGCGUCCUUUCAUUCCGUUAUUAAUUUUUUAUACGUGAUAUAACAGCUGUCAUCGCCAUGAGCUUGGAUGUAAUGUACCAAGUUUAUGGUCCACCUCAGCCUUAUUUUGCCGCAGCAUACACACCUUAUCACCAUCAGAAAUUGGCAUUUUACUCAAAAAUGCAAGAAGCACCAGAAACGGUCAGUGCAAGCAGCUCAUCUUUUUCCAACCUGUCCAUGCCACCCAUAAAAGAGGAGGACUGCGCCCGGGAGAAAGACCACCCGCCAGAGGCAGAGUACAUCAGCUCCAGAUGCGUGGUCUUCAGCUAUUUCCAAGGGGACAUCAGUUCUGUGGUGGAUGAACAUUUCAGCCGGGCUCUGAGUCAGACGAGUAGCUACGCACCUGGAUCCACCAACAGUAAGACUGCGAGAGGUUCAUCAUCCUGGAGAGAAGGAUCAUUCCCUAUGAGCCAGAGAAGCUUUCCUCCUUCGUUCUGGAAUAGCGCGUAUCAGCCGUCUGUCACUGCGUCUCUCAGCAGUGCCCUGAGUUCCUCCCACACGGAUCUCCCCUUCCCUGCAGACCCCUAUUCUACAGCGUCCCUACACAGCCACCUCCACCAGGCCACCCCAGAGCCCUGGCACCCCUCUCACCACCAUCACCCUUACUCUCUCAGUGGAGCUAUCAGCAGCCAGGGGUCUGCAUACUCCCGGCCCUCCAUGCAUGAUAUGUAUGGAACGCACUUUGACCCCCGAUACGGUUCUCUGCUUGUCCCCUCGGUACGGCCGCAUAGACUGCCCCCCACCACGGUACCCGCACCUGGAGCCUCACCGUGCGAUAUCAGCAAGGGCGAACCAGGCAGCUCAGCGUGGACUGGAGCUUUCACAGCGACGAGCUCUGAUAUGGGCCAGAGCCUCAGUCUGAACAUGGACGCAGGUCUACAGAGCCAGGAUAAGAGCAAGGACUUGUACUGGUUUUAAUGCCCUGCGGCCACUUCUUCCUCUGCUGGCUUGUCUUUAUCUGCCUUGUAGACAAUCCCAGGCUUUUCUGUAACAGAUUCUCAUCUCACUUGCAGCUCGGCGCUACACCUUCUGCAGUGGAACCAUCCUAAACUGAACAUUAAGCCGCAGUGGAUAAUCUCAACCCAAACCCUUUCAAGAACCAUUCGGAAGACUCUUGAGAGAGAAAAGACCGUAAAGAGAGAGAAGCAAUGAGACUAAACGAGGGCUUUCCAGAAAUAUACGGUGGUGCGACUAGUAGCUGCUUUCAGCAAGGCCUUGCCCCCAACCAUCCUCUGCGCUCUCAGCAAAACGGACCCAACACAAGCUAAUAAAGAAAAAAUAUGUCUUUUGCGGGACACUUGAGAGCAGAAAUCUGGCAGACAUGUUAUAUGAAGUCUUUUCUUUCUUUCGACUAGAAAAGAGAGCUUCCGAUCAGAGAGCAGCAUUCCCUAUCAUGACAGAAGACACAGAGAGGCUAUUUGAAGCCACUUGACUCUAUCUAUAUUUCUUUCAGCACCUGUCAUCGACAACUGUUGUGGAACUUAGCGGACACACACACAAUGGCAGUUUCACUGUGCGCCGUUUGCCCGAACAAGCGCCCUGGAUUUCAUAAAAGAGGCAUUUUGUUGUAUCUGGACACACAGCAAAAGGGAACAACUGGUUUGGUUUGGCUUUUCAUUUCUUGGGAGGUGUGGUGUUGCUUGGGGAAGUGUGGGCUUGUGUUGCUGUUGGACAGGAAGUGGACAAACACAUUUAGCUGUAUAUAUUGUAUGUAUCUUAGUGUG